AUGAACGAGCUAUCCGUAAACGACGCCUUUGACGACAUUGAAAUUGAGUCUUUUGAUUUUAUUUGGGAAGAAUGGGAAGAGUACAAAGGAGAUGUGCCCCUAUGGCAACAUAUAUUCUGUGGAAGUAUAGCAGGGCUGAUGGAGCACGUUUUUAUGUACCCUCUGGACACGAUUAAAACGUAUAUACAAACGAACGAUCGUCUGAAAGGCAGCAGGAGGGUGUACGACAGGUGCAACGUGUACAGCCAAAAUGGUAAUGGGAGCAAUUUCAACGACAUAAAGGUUCACAAAAGUGGCUUGCAUGUGGAUAAGAAAACAUUUUGCACGUCUAGAGGGUGUGAUGGAUGUAUUUAUAAGAAGACAUGUACUUAUGACAAUUUUUGUAACAUGAAGAUGAUGACUCCGUUUAAUAAAAAAGGUGUUUUUCACGCCAGCACACUUGGUGCUACAUCAGAUGGAUUGAGAAAAAGUAAACACAAUUUGAGAAAAUUCCUUUGCGGCGGUUUAAAUGUAGAACAGAGGGGAGUAAUGGCCCAGGUGGUGAAUAAAAAAUUUCAACCGCGUAGACACCAUAGUAGAGUAAUGAAUAAACAGUUUGCUGCCGAGAGUAGAAUUGUUAACCAGGACAAAUGUGGUAGCGGUCAGUAUAACAAUUUGGUCAGAUUAAGAAAGUACCGAGCAUGCAAUUUGUUUGACAAACCUCCUGGGGCUGUUGGUGACAGCUGUGCGAUGGGUAACUCCCAGAAUAUGAAAAUCCAUUCAUUAGCCAGAAGUCCUAAGAGGUUGGGGAGGAAUACCUUAAGCAGGGCUAGAAGCGGAGGAACUAUGCAAGUAAAGCAAGAAAUGAAAAACUUCCAAAGGUUUGGAAUGACUUGCGACACGUCUGCUAGUGCUACUACGAAAUGGCAGCGUAGAGACAACACGAAUAAGCUCAUAUUUAACAGUCUUAAGAAGGAUGAUUGCCCCUCAUCAGUUAAUCGCUCAGAAAUUAAUCACUUGGGCUCAAAAAAAGUCACAGGGAGAAUUAUUUUCAAGAAGGGCGGCAACGGUGCAUCCAUGUGGGGGCAGAAAAGUCAGUACCAUAAAUGUGCUGCAAAUGGGGAAACAGUGAAAAAUUGUAAUCCUGCACAGAAGGGUUACAUUGAAAUGAAGCCACUUCUCCGCAAGAUGGGGGCAAGUCACGUAAUAAAAAAGAAUUUAAGGGGGAUAAAAAAGAUAAACAAUGUUUUACUAAAUGAUCUUUUGGGAAGAUGUACCCAUAGAACGAGUAACAGAAGCAGUAACACUCAUUUGGUGCGUGUCAAGAGGAACAACGGUCUAUCUUUGAGGAGGAGUUUAAAAGGUGGUCCCGUUCCCAGCACAGCGAAUGAUAAGAGAUAUGUGAUAAGUGAGUCUAACAAACUGGGCAAGAAAACCAAUUUCUCUUUUAUUUUCUCGGAACAGAAAAGCGUAAGUAGUGGCAAUACUGAUGGCAGUAACAAACCACGGUUAAGUAAUUAUUUGAAGCUGUUCCAAAGGACAAGUAAGAAUCCCCGAUUUGAUCAUUACCUUCCCAGUGAGGCAUUUAAAAAAAGUUAUAUGUUCCAAAAAAAUGAAUGGAAUUUUUUUACCCCCCUUUUGGAAUAUAUAAAAAAGGGUCUUAUCCCAGCCAAGUGGUACAAUAUUACCUUAACCACAUCAGUAAUGUCUAAUGGCAAAGCAGUGAUGAUGAGGAAGGAUGGCUUCAAUUCUUACUACUCCUUGUUAAGAAACAAUAACAAUAUAUUUCGUAAUAACCUAUGCUAUGUAACCAAAAGUUAUAUUUACAGAAACUUGUUUGACAGAAGUAUUCAUUCUUCUUCAUGUAAAAAUAAUUUUUACAAAAAUAGGAACUCCAAUUUUAGCUACUCCAGGUUUAGCAGAAAUGGUAAAAGCUUCAACUUUAUUAGGAGCCUAUUUCCAGAUAUGUCCAAUGGAGUGAACAUAACAACGAGACAAAACUGCACCUUGAUAAGAAGCAAUGUUGCCAAUCUGUACAAGGGGGUUAAUGUCGUCGUGUUAGGAUGCAUUCCUGCACAUGCCAUGUAUUUCUCCACAUUUGAAUAUAGUAAGAAAUACUUCUCCAGUAUGUGCUCUAAGAAUUUGCCCAUCCAAGUGCGGUCCAGCGGCGGGGGUAGCCGCGUGGAGGGGGGGAAUCAGCAUCUUGAUGGGAAGAAAACCGAGGGGGUGAACUACAAAUUGGGAGACCUAAACUAUUUUGGCAUAGCCGUAUCAGGGUUUUUAGCAACCAUCGCGCACGACUUGAUUAUCACCCCCAUAGAUACUCUAAAGCAGAGGUUGCAAUUAGGCAUAAACAAAAACUCCCUGGAUUCGAUAAAGAUCCUAAGGGAACAUGGGAUCAGGAGUUUAUAUUUGAGUUUGCCAAUAACCCUGCUCAUGAACAUCCCCUACCAAAUUAUCAUGAUAUGUACAAAUGAAAAAAUGAAGAAAGUUUACUUCGAGUAUUUUUGCGGCAUGAGUGGGUUGGGUAGGAAUAACAGCCAAGGUGCGUGUACCACUGGUGGGAGCAGCGAUAGGAAUGACUCUGUUGCAGGAGGAGGGCGUACCAACUGCGAAGCAGAGGAGAGCAACAAUACUCCUACGAGCAGUAGUGCGUACCGUCUGCACAAUAGCGAAGCGAAACGUGGCGAAGGAGGCGGUUCUUCGGACAAGUUACAUAGCAGCAUGAAAGAACUUAGCGGCAAUAGUGACAAAUUGAUCAAGUUGUUCAUUGAGCAGGACACAGAUUCGGUGAAUUAUUUGAGUAAAAGUCGCGGGCAAAAGUACGCGCCAAAUGGAGGGGAACAUAUUUUGCUAACUAGCCAAACAACAUUCGAUGGGGAACAAACGAACGAGGAAAUUUUAUUUAAAAAUGUAAUCAACAAAUUAGAAAACAGCUCAAUUAAUGACCUUUCAGAAAAAUAUGACCAUACGAUGGGCGACUCGUUUAACUUUACGGGGACGAAAUGCGAUAAUGUGCAGUUAAAGAAUAUGUGGCUAGGAAACUACAAUAAUGAUGAUAAUAAUGAUGACAAUAACAAUAAUAAGAAUAAGAAUAUGAAGAAGAACGAGUUUUUUAACAAACCGUUUAAUCAUAUUACAUCCUAUUUCGUGUGUGCAGGAAUUGGUGGCGGAAUAGCCGCCGUGGUGACAAAUCCACUUGACGUUAUUAAGACGAGGAUUCAGACGGAGUGCUUUAACGCAAAAGGUUUCAAUUUUUAUCGAGUGAUAUCGAACUUGUAUCAUAAGGAGGGUUUUCGUUCCUUUUUCAAGGGAUCCAUGGCAAGAAUGGCCCUGUGCAUUCCUGCUUCGGCCAUAUCAUGGGGGACGUAUGAAACGAUGAAGCGGUUUUUUAAGGUUAACUUCAAUUCGGCGUAG